ACCCCGAGACCCUCCCUGGAUCAAACGCUAGGGUUUCCCCCAUCCCCUGCUCCUCCCCUCUCCACCCCCAUGGCCGACGCCGCCGCCGCCGCCACCGAGGCCGCCGCCAUCGCCCGGCGCCUCGCCUCCUGCAACACCUCCGCCCGCGUACGCGCCGUACGGUACCUCCUCUCCGACUUCCUGCCCGCCUCCGCGGCGCACCUCUCCCCCACCGACCUCCUCAAGCUCUGGAAGGGGCUCUUCUUCUGCUUCUGGCACUCGGACAAGCCGCUGUACCAGUCCUCCCUCGCCUCCAGCCUCGCCGGCGCCGUCUCCUCCGCGCCCUCUCCCGCCGCCGCCGCGGCCUUCCUCUCCGCCUACCUCGCCACCAUCCGCCGCGAGUGGCCCCACAUCGACGUCCACCGCCUCGACAAGUUCUACCUCCUCAACCGCCGGUUCAUCAACCACGCCUUCCUCUUCCUCAGAGCCCACGCCUUCGCGCCCGACGUCACCUCACAGAUCAUAUCAGUUGUGUCGGAGAAGGCCCUCCUGCCGGAAGCUGACACCCCCUCCGCCGGCACCUCCCGAGGACUUGGGUACCAUGUCGCCGAUGCAUUUGUUGACGAGCUAUUGCCUGUGCUCCCCGUUAGCUUGCAGUCGAUGGAGUUACUGUUGGCUCCUUUCUUCACUGUGUUGGAGAAGUCGACCGAUAGGGUGUUGGUGAAUAAGGUUAGGUCCAACCUGUUCGAGAGGUUCCUGGAGAGCGGGAAUCAGUUGCUGGAGAUGAUGAAGAAAGGGGUUGAAGUGGAGAAUGGGAGUGCGGAGGAGAAGCUUGGGAAGGUCGGGCUGUUGUUCGGAUUCAGCAAGAGGUUCUUGGAUAUUGGGGCUAAUGUUGAGACUGUGCUGGCGAACCGGAAGGUGGUGUUUGCUUUGAGGGAUGCGUUUGUUAAGCUCGAGAAGGGACUGGAGCUGUCUGAGAUUAAAAUUGAUGUGCCAGUGUUUGAGUGUACAGAGGUGUCAUCGGUGGAGAAUGGCAUGGAUUUAGAUGAGGCAAAGGUGGAAAAGAAGAAGAAGAAAAAGGCAAAGAAGGCGCCGUUAAUUGAAGCUGGCGAGGAGGAUGGUAAGGCUUUGAAGAAAGAGAAGAAGGUGAAGAAAGACAAGAACAAGAAGGAGAAAAAAGAAAAGAAGAAGAAGAACAAGGUGAAGGUCAUUGAUGGAGGGGAUAUCCCUGGUCUGAGUGCCGAUGACCCUGCAGGGGACCAGCAGAUGGAUAAUGACACUGAUGCCAUUACGUUUGAUGAGGUGUCAAUGUCCAAUCUCCAGAAGCAAUUUGAGAAGGCUGCAGCUGAAGCCGGGAUGCCCAAUGGAGGCAGCAGCUCAAGUGCUUCGCCCGUGACACCAAAAACCGGAAAAGGGGCUAAGAAGAGGAAACGGUCAAAAUCUGUCGAUAGGUUAUCAGAAGCUUCUGAUGGAGAUGUUGGUAGCGGAGGUAAUGUUCUCACACAGGAUGGAGAUAAGAGCGGUAAGAAAGUGAGAUUCUCUAUGAAGAGCAACCUAGUUUGGAAGCCUCACAGUCCUUUACCACCACAGUGCUUGAGGUUGCCACCAUCUGCUACUCCAAGGGGGAGUGCACUGAAAAGGGGAGUUCAGCCUGGGCCUAUUAGAGAAAGCUCCACGCCAGUGAAGAAGACUAAGCCAAAAGCAAAGUCUGCAAAGAAGAUGUUGAAGAAGAACCCUACCUCAGCUGUUAAGCGCUUGCGGAAGUUGCAAAGCUUCUCUGCAUAAACUCCUGAGUGUAUGAUGUCAUGUCGGUCCCAUUGUGCCUUCUAAAUUGUGUUUUAUCAUUACUUAAUUCUUCUUCUUUAGGUAGUCUUAUACACUGUUUUCCUUGCUACCUUCAUUUUUUAUGGAUUGCUUAACAAUGUCUCCUCAUAGUGCAUUCAUGAUAAUCAUGUGAUGAUCAUUGUUUGGUAGUAACAGUACCUUUUUAUCCCUCUAUAUUGUUUGAGGCUCUGAAUCUCUGAUGAA